GGGGCUCAGUAUUUGUUCGUUUGUUGUUGCGGCAGCCGCCAGUCGGUCCAACGGUCCGGUCGUUAGUUUUUGUUUUCGUUCAUUUGUUUAUACUCUCGCGGCACUCGGCCCCUCCCGUCCCCACAUAACUCGUUUGAAAGGCAGCCAUGGAGGCACUGGGAGAUCUCUUGGCGCCGCACAGCGAACUCAUCGCCAAGGUAGCCGGCACGAUUACUACCCUGCAAUUCCUGUCCGGAGUCUUCCUGAUGAACGACAUCCGCAAGAAGGGCAGCAGCGACGUCUACCCGGUGGGACCUUUUCUCUUCGGAGUGGUGCUGACGAUUCUCAGCUUAAAGCUGGCAAACAUUAUGAAUGAUGCUGCCAUGAUCAACACGAAUUUAAUCGGCCUGGCGAUCAACUUCGUCUUCCUGCUCGGAUUUUACUACUACGCCUCGAGCGGCAACAGGAGCACGAUCUGGAAGCAGGUCGGCUACUCCUCGGUGUUCCUAUUGGUCAUCACAGCGUAUGCCAACUUCGAGGAUCCCGCCAAGAUCGAGUUCCGCCUGGGAAUGCUGAUCACCGGCAUCCUGGUGUGGAUGGUCGGCUCCCCACUGCUGAAUCUGCCGCAGAUCAUCAAGAAGAAGAGCACGGAGGGAAUGCCGUUCCCAAUUAUCUUUGCAGGUAAUCUGGUGGCAGCUUCCUGGACGCUUUAUGCCAUCUCCAUUAAGAAUACUGUGAUGGUGCUGCAGAAUCUUUUGCUGCUGGUCCUGGGCGGCAUUCAGCUCGCCAUGUUCGCUAUUUACCCCAACAAGCCGGCUGCCAAGAAGCCCAAGAGCAGCAAGAAGGACAAAUAAUUGAAAUCGAACGCUUUACCUAGAAAAGGACAAAUAAUGGGUUGUUGCAACAAUAUUACCAAGUAAUAAGUAGUUAGGCUCGAGGAAUAAUCAAAUUAUUGCUUGAAUUUACACUAAAUCGUCACAAGACAACUAAAUUGGAGCUAAACAAAUUAUUUUUCUAUAUAGGAAAUAUUUUCUUAGAACAAAUCCAGCUAACUAAGUUGCUAGCUAACCUAGAAUUGUUAUUAUAUUGACUAUUAUUGUAUAUAACUACUACAUACUUGCAAUUUUUGACAAUAAUUCAAAUCUUCCAAAUGCAUCGUAUUUAUAAAGUCAACAUAAUAUGUAAUAAAACAAUCUGUUACAAAA